AUGUCCGGUGUCGAUGAUGCAGAGCCUUCUCUAAUUGAGUAUGCACGUUUUCACGGGCUUGCUGACAAUCACCUCCAUCAGGACAUUGGCAGAUAUCUUCCUUCAAAUCUACUUCUGCCCAUUGCAAAUGCCAGCCUCCCAGAAUUCAAGUUGCCAUGCUUCGAACUCCCCACCGAGACCAAGUUCGGGCUUGACAGCAAAGCAGCCUCACUUUUGGCAUCAUGUAUGACGACCCAGCAGGCGCUACCCUCUCAUGAUACUCUGUCCGAUCAUCAUCGGGUGAAGAAUUUGAAAAUUGAACAACCAGUCCUAAGAACAGACCAUGAUAAUGAUAUGAACAAGAUGCGCUUUUGGAAACUACCCAAGGCAUCUUUGAAUCUGCAAUGCAUCGACUCAGCUGAGCACGAGGAUGAAGAGCUCGAUAAUACUCUUACACUAACAGGCCUCGCGGCCGAGUGGGAUAAGAAGCUUGCAGAAGAAAAAUUACAGACAACUCGAGAGAUUCUCAAAGCAUUGCAAGAUACUCUCCGGCCUGUCUAUACACCUGAGAUGCAUGAUGCUAUCAUGGAGGAAGGAAUGACUUGUACAAAGCGUUCUCGUCUCGAGCCAAUAUCUCCGCCACUACUACCUUGCGAAGCUGAUCACGAGCCCUACAUUCCUUCAUCAUCCCCGUUACGCAUGCAAUUAAUAUCCGAUGUCCCAGAUGGUCACGACGAACAGAUGGAAAAGGUGAAUGAAGAUAUUUCGAACCAGAUGAGCAUAACGUCUGAGAACGCAAUGCCAGCGGCCGUUGGUCAAGUGGAACAGCUCCUGCAUUUUGCCGAACAUGGUCCAGCAUUCGAUGAAUUACCUCCUCUUGAGAUACCUGGACAAACUCCGGUCAGGAAAGCGCAGCCUUCAAAACUUCUUAAGCUUGAACCACCUGAACUCGAGCCCUUGACAGCGCCCAAAGCUCUUGGAGAACGAGGUGCUCAGUCAACGAGGCUUGCUUCCGCACAUAAAGACGUAUUGCCAGAACUAAUGGAAUGGGAGGACCUCAGCUGCAAUGGUACUGAUCAGCCUUUCCAGGACGAGCUCUUUGCAAAAUUGGCUCAUGAAGCAGCAAACGCAAUCGAAAAAAACCUGGCCGGGGAGAAACUCGAACCAGCAGAUAUCAUCACGCGGGUUGAGGUGCCAAAGCUGGAUAACGUCACGUUCCAAGCGCCCAUGACCAAAAUCCAUCCAAGGGCGUUGGUGCAGGGGAUGGUAGAGUGCCAUCUAAAAGAUACACGUAGAAGCUUCGACAAAGCAUUAGAGCGGAAGAUGAGGUGGGCACCGAUCCCGAGCGGUCACCUAGACCCUCCCACCGAUGAGCCCAUUGAGCCUUCGCCACACCUCAACAAGUGGAUAUGCCAGCCUACGUUUACUACUAAAGCGGAGGAUUUACUAUGGAGACCUGAUAUGCUACGGAUUUUGAGCAUCAACGAAGAAGAUGAUGAAGAACAGUUGGAGAUAGACUCAUCUUUGAGGGAUGAAGCUGUGCAGAUGUCUCAUCCAAUGCUCAAGAGACCGGGGGCUCUAGAUGCGGCAGAGUCCACCAACACACCCCAACCCUGUCAGCUAUCGGUGCCUCAAGCUAAGCUGUUUCCUUCAACUUUCGGAUCUCUCGCGGGGUUCAUGGAUACCCGCAACGCAUACAAAAAACCUCGUUUGGAUAUAGCAUCAAAGGCAGAUGGGACGCUGGCAACACCCACUACAGGUUUGGAGAAGAAAAUGGUGGAAAAUAUUCAGGUCCCUGCAACACCAACAGAAGGGCCUCCUACAAAUGUAGCUACAUUCAGUGUACCUCUGGUGUUCAAGAUCACUUCACCACGGAGUAUCAUUAUCCGAUCUGGCCUUCUGAACUCCAACCGUCUCCUCACACAGGCCCUUGAGAAUCGACCUGAUCCACCUUUGGUUAUAAUAUAUCGAGAUCUAGAAUACGAAAAUAGCACGGCCGGAUCGCCCGACAUGAUAAUCACACCCACCAGCGUCGCUAUAUUCACAACCCUUCAAGCAACCAUGCAGCGAUCUCUGCCUGGACAAGGAUCUUCACACCCGCCAAUCUUCCAUCGCAUUCAUCGUCUUUCUGACUCGUACGACCGGCUUUUCGUUCUCACUACCAUGCCACCAUUAGACACCUCCCUCGACUCGUCCACGACCUGUUCUCAAAUAUCCACCUUAAAUUCAUUCUGCGCUUCCCUCUCACGUCCUCAAUCAGACUGUAUCGUACAACCAAUACUCAUCCCAAACGCACCUUCCCAACCUCCCGUUCCAAGUAUCCCCUCCAAACGAGCCUCAGCGACUUCAUUCCCACUCUACCAAUGGACAUACGCCCUCAUCGCGAAAGAUUCGCUACCUAAUGCCAGCGGUCCUAGUCCAACCCUCCUCCCCUCCGAAACCGUGUGGGAGCUCUUCCUCAUGAAAGCGGGACUGAACCCCUACGCAGCACAGGUGGUAUUAAGCAUGCUCAAAAAGCGCGCAGAUCAUCACGAUCACCAGCAAAAGGAACAUCAGCAGAAGCAAGGAGAAUGCAGUAGUGGCGCUCUGUUGUGGGGUCUCCGCGCAUUCGUGCAGAUGGGAAAGGAGGAACGGAUGAGGAUUUUUGCGGGACUCAUUGGCAGAAAGGCAGUUGAGAGGGUUAGUGAUGUGCUUGAUCAGUCUUGGGGUGGCGGUUGUCAGGUAUCAGGUCUAGACGCCAGAUGCGAGGGUGCUUCAAGUAUUUGGGAAGCGCAUCUCGGUAGUGGUGGUGAUGGUGGUGGUGAGGCUAUGCCUGUUGAUUGA